GCAGCAGUGCGGACACAUGUAACAUCCUCCUCGCAGGUUUCACAUUUCUGUUUCCGCUCAGAGUUCGCGCUUUAUUUCGGCUUUUAUCCACAGUUUUACACAUUUUUAACCCUUUAACUCGGCCUCGGCGCUUCACGCGCACUAAUUUACUCCAUAAUAAGUGCGUAUUUUGGCGUUUGCGCGGCAGAGCAGCAGACACGCCCUCUGAGGGGGAGGAGGGGCAUUUUCAGGAAUUUCCUCUUUUCUCGGAGUGAUAGCGGAUCAAUAAUGGCCUAUCAAGGAUACGGAGCUGCCCCCGGUGGAUACGGAGCUGCCCCCGGUGGAUACGGAGCUGCCCCCGGUGGAGUCGCGCAGGAUCCUCUGUUCGGGUAUUUUUCGGCUGUGGCUGGACAGGACGGACAGAUCUCCGCGGACGAGCUGCAGCGCUGCCUGACGCAGGCCGGCAUGUCCGGAUCCUACAAGCGUAAUCUUAAUUUUGUUGUGGUUGUUGUUUUGGUGUUUUUUUUUUGGAUAAUUUUCUAAUAAUCCUUUCUUUCUUUCAUAAAAUUAUUUUGUAGUUAAUUUUCUUGUCAGCUUUUUCUAAUUUUUGCUAUUUGUGGGGAAUUUCUUCCCAAAUUGGUCACUGGCUUUUCCCCCCAUAUUUUAAAAAUAAUUCAAACCAAUGUGCUGAUGUUUCAAAGGAUUUAAUGGCUCUGAGACACAUUUUAACCUCAUGCUGUUAUUCGGCUGUGGCUGUGGUCGUCCUCUAAUCAGAAGGUCGGAGGUUCGAUCCCCAGCUCCUUAUGUCCUCAUGUCUUCAUGUCCUCGUGUCCUUGGGCAAGACACUGAAUCCCAAUUUGCUCCUGAUGCUGCGUGAUCAGAGUGUGCAUGCGUAUGAAUGAUUAACACAGAAAACAAAAACGUAUGAAUGAUUACUCUCUGGUAGGUGGCAGAGGUCACCUUGUGCAGUAGCCUCUGCCACUACUGUGUGAAUGUGUGUGUGAAUGUGUGAAUGUGACAUGUCCUGUGAAAGCGCUUUGAGUAGUCGAAAAGACAAG